AUGCCGCAGAAGAGGCAGAAGCAGAAGCGUCCCACCUCGGCAGAGGCUGAAGACAACGUGGUGGAAGACGGAGCAGUGGCAGAUGGGCUGGGAAGCCCUGGGAGAGCGGAGGUGGCGGGAGCGCUCCAGGGAGCGAAAAGGAAGAAGGUGGAAGGGGAUGCCGGAAGCGGAGGAGCCGGGGGCUUGGCGGAGACGGUGCGGCAGAGCCGCCUGAAAACGGCCCCUUCUGUGGCGGAGUUCAAGUAUAACAAGAAGCGGGUCCGCCUGAUCUCGGAGAACCCGGAUCUCAAGGAAGGCACCCGGGGCAUCGUGUACUGGAUGUCGCGAGAUCAGAGGGUGCAAGAUAACUGGGCCUUCCUCUACGCCCAGCGCCUGGCCUUGAAGCAGAAGCUCCCGCUCCACGUCUGCUUCUGCUUGGUGCCCAAGUUCCUGGAAGCCACCAUCCGCCAUUUUGGCUUCAUGCUUCAAGGCCUGAAGGAAGUGGCCGAGGAGUGCCAAGAGCUCAGCAUUCCCUUCCACCUGCUCACCGGCUUCGCCAAGGACACCCUUCCCCGCUUUGUGACGCAGCACGGCAUUGGGGGGGUGGUGACGGACUUUGCCCCUCUCCGCGUUCCCCUGCAGUGGGUGCAGGACGUCCGGGACCGGCUUCCGCCCGACGUGCCGUUUGUCCAGGUUGAUGCCCACAAUAUUGUUCCCUGCUGGGUUGCCUCUGAUAAACAGGAAUACGGGGCGAGGACGAUUCGCCGGAAGAUUCACGACCAUCUUGCAGAGUUUCUUACCGAGUUUCCGCCUGUUGUCAGGCACCCGUUCCCUGCUGGGUUCCAGGCAGAGCCCAUCGACUGGGAGGCCUGCCGCGCCAGCCUGGAGGUGGACCGCUCCGUGAAGGAGGUGGCGUGGGCGACGCCAGGCACGGCCGCCGGCCUGCUGGUGCUGGAGCAGUUCAUCCAGGAGCGGCUGCGGUUCUUCGGCACCGACAGGAACAACCCCAACCGGGCAGCCCUGAGCAACCUCUCGCCGUGGUUCCACUUCGGCCAGGUCUCUGUGCAGCGUGCCAUCUUGGAGGUGCGCAAGCACCGGGCCCGGUUCAAGGACUCGGUGGACAGCUUCAUUGAGGAGGCCGUGGUGCGGAGGGAGCUGGCCGACAACUUCUGCUUCUACAACCAGAAUUACGACCAGGUGAAAGGUGCCUAUGACUGGGCCAAGACGACCCUGGAGCUCCACUCCAAAGACAAGCGGCCGCACCUGUACACGCUGAAGCAGCUGGAGGAGGGCAAGACGCACGACCCUCUCUGGAAUGCCGCGCAGCUGCAGAUGGUUCACGAGGGGAAGAUGCAUGGCUUCCUACGGAUGUACUGGGCCAAGAAGAUCCUGGAGUGGACCAGGUCCCCCGAGGAGGCCCUGCAGUUCUCCAUCUUCCUCAACGAUCGCUACGAACUGGACGGCAGGGACCCCAACGGCUAUGUGGGCUGCAUGUGGUCCAUUUGUGGGAUCCACGACCAAGGCUGGGCGGAGCGGCCCGUCUUUGGAAAGAUCCGCUACAUGAACUACGCCGGCUGCCAGAGGAAGUUUGACGUUGGCCAGUUCGAGCGCAAGUACGGACCGCACAGAUUCACCCGGUAGCCUCUGUGGCACAUGGGCUCGGGAAGCGCCAGGGCGUGUGAGCUUUGCAGUGGAGCCGAGGCUGCUUUUGCUUUCGUGAAGAAAACAGCCGCUGUUGCUGGAGCCUCUUCUGCCUCGGCUGAUCUCCUGACCCGUCUGGGGCACCAAAGAACCCCUUUCCCACAAAGCCCGCGAGCUUCUCUGGUGGGGCAGCCCACGUUAAUUCUCCGGUAGGGGAGGGAAGGAGUCAGCUGUCGGGUGGGGAAAGGCACUCAAGCCGUUUUAAGUGGCUCGGCAGGUGAACUGACAAACCUGCCCAGGGGAGCCCUACCUGUUGGCCACACUGGAGAAGCUUUCAUGGGUUUAAGGAGCACAGCCUCUGCAGGGAAGCCUGGGAAUCAUAGUUUUGCAUGGGCACUGGAGACCACCGAGGAAAUCGCUUGGCUUUGCAGGCAGUGCUAGAACCUCUGUAAGGCAAUUGCUGCCAUGAACUCCCGUUUCCAAGACUCCCGGAGGGCAAUCACCCGUCUUGAUCGUUUGGAAGUGUUACUUGGACCCUGCUGAGUGACGGAAGAGGGGUGUCCCCAAAGGAUAAAGGGUGAUGAAUGCAGUCCGGGAGCCCUGGGAAGAGACUGCUCAAGGGGCUGCUCACCCCACCUUAGUUCAUAGGGGGUCAGAUCAGAGGUGGGCCCCUCAAGGUGCUCGCUCCUGGUACAGGGCUGUGAAGGAACAGUAUCAGCUGUGCUGGCGCUUGGGGAUCAGCCCUUCUAAAACCUUUACCAUUCUCGGUCCUUUAGGGAGAAGCAUGACAAGUCCCUUGGAUUUAGGACAAUCCUAAUGUUUUAUUCUAGCCAGGGUUACACUCCCUGCCCCCCACUCUGCAGGAUUCUGCGGGAUAAGCCAUGCUUCUAGCCUAAAAGGCCAAGCAGCUCCAGGCCUCUGGAAGUUAUGACAGGGACCGGGACCAGAGAGGGGGGGUUGGGAGUUUUCAGGGUUGGGAGUUACACCUGGCACAAAGAAAGCAACCCUGUCGGCUGAAGCGAACCUUUGCUUGCGUUGGUGGAGGGACUGGAGUGCCCGCCUGCCACGUUGAAGCUUACGGGUACUGGGACACGCAGCCGAGAUACUGCCGAAAGCCAUUUUCCCUUCUUACUGUUUUUCGCAUUUUGGUACUCGCACCCGUUUAUGCAGCUCUAGUGUUACAGACACCACUAACCAGUGUGGAAAGAUUUUCCAUUUGCUUGGUGGCAGGAGCAGCAGUUGAGGAGCGACUGUUGGAGCACUGUGGCGCAAGGCAUUUUCUCCGAAUUCCUUUUCUUCCAUAAUAAAUUUUUUAAAAAGUAA